AUGACGUUAUCAUUACGUGAAUUGAAACCAAAACAAACGGGAGUAGAUGAAUCUCUUAGAAUUUCAAAGAUUUUAAUAUCAAAAAAUUGGACGUUACCUCCAAGGACUAGUAUCAGUAAAGACACUACAAGUACACUUGGUGGUGGUGGUGGUGGUGUGAGGAAGAAUAGAAGUAAAAGUAAUGAUGUUGCUGAUGUGAAGGUUACUAGUGUAGAACAGAAAAAACAGUUACAGAAUAGAGUAGCUCAACGAGCCUAUAGGGAAAGAAAAGCAAAUAAGAUUAAAGAAUUAGAAGAUUCUAUUGAGUCUUUACAAAAAUUAGUUUUACAUUGGAAAAAUAAAUAUAAUCUUAAAGAGAAAGAAUUAUUAGAAUUAAAAAAUAAACAGGCAAUAGUAGUUAAUGAACCACAGAAGGAAAAAACUACAAUAAUUGAAACACCAACAAAAUGUGGGUUUUGUAAUGAUGAUUCAAAUUGUGUCUGUACUGAAUUAGAACAUACUAGUGAUGAAAGGGCAACUAUUUCUAUUAAGAAAUCCAAGAAAGAUUCUGUGUUUAGUUGUUCUGGUUCUUCUGAUACAUGUGAAAAAUGUUCAAAUAUUGAUGAAACUUGUAUAAAGCCUGCUACUACUGAUACCCCUAUAUCUUCAGAGAUUGAUUUCACAUAUAUGGCAAUAAACAGUGGUAGUAAUAAUAAUAAUAAUAAUAAUAAUAAUAAUAACAAUAAUAAUACCAUUCAAUUAAAUAAUGGCACGACGUUUCAAAGGAUAAAAAGACAAAUGUAUCAGCAACAACCAAAUUGA